AUAUAUUAUGUAAAACAUGUAUUUAAUAUUUAAUUUAUUCAUUAUCGCAAUUCAUUAUUCAUUAAUUGCUGCACAGACUAUAAUACAACAAUCCUCGCCAGAUCCGAAAUAUUUCAAAAAGCCGGAUAAAAAAUCAGUUGAUAAAACAUUCGGUGAGGACUUAACAGAUUGGUUAUUUACUGGAUGUUGGGGAGAAAAUAAUCAUCAAUCGAGUAGAUGCUUCCAAUAUCACAAUGGAAUCGAAUAUCCCAGUUACGAUGGAUGGUACAAUAACAUUGGAAGACCAGAACUAGGUGCAGUUGACACUCCAUUACUAAGGAGACUGCCAGCCGCUUAUGAAGAUGGAGUAUACAAGCCUUCAGGUUCUAAUAGACCAGAACCAUUAGAAAUAAGUGAGAAGCUGUUAAGCGGAGAAAUUGGAUCAAAAUCAAGAACAGGAAGAAACGCUUUACUUGUAUUUUUCGGUCAGCAAGUGGUGGAGGAAAUUUUAGAUGCUCAGAGGGCGAUGUGUCCACCUGAAUAUAUCAACAUAAAGAUUCCGGAAAAUCAUCGAUAUAGAACUAAACCAGGACAUACGGAAAUGCCAGUUUUACGCACGCGAUACGAUCAUCGCACCGGUCAUUCGCCAAACAAUCCUCGUCAACAGCUAAAUGAAAUUACGCCAUUCUUAGACGGUGGAUUAAUUUACGGUACAUCUAAAGCAUGGUCUGACGUUUUAAGGACAAAUAGCAGUGGAAUAUUGCAGGCGGAUGGUCAACUCGCAUCAUCGUACUUUGGUUUAUAUCCCGAUUAUAAUACUGUCCGAUUACCGAUGGCUAAUCCACCGCCACCUAUUCAUCAUCAUCAAUACAUUUCACGACACUAUAGCGAGAGCGUUACUAGAUAUUUCAAAUUGGGAAAUCCGCGAGGGAAUGAAAAUCCGUUCCUGCUGACUUUUGGUAUAAUAUGGUUCAGAUGGCACAAUUUCGUAGCAUUUCAUAUUAAACGUCACAAUCCAAAUUGGUCAAGCGAUAAGAUUUACAACGAGGCUCGUAAAUGGGUGAUAGCGACCCAGCAGCACAUUGUCGUUAACGAAUGGUUGCCGUCGUGGUUGGGAAAUAGACUUCCUGCAUAUAAGGGUUACAACCCCAAUAUCGAUCCGCAGAUAGAGCAAUUUUUCCAAUCGGCCGCUUUUCGCUUCGGACACACUUUGGUUCCACCAGGUGUAUAUUUGCGCAACUAUGGGAGGAAUAAUUGUUCCUUGGAACCACAUCCAAUUAGAACGUGCAAUAAUUAUUGGAUGUCACAGAAUUCUCUCUAUGCAAAUUUAACAAGAAUAAAGGAUGUCAUUGAUGUAGAGAAAUUAUUAAUGGGAAUGGCUAUUCAAUUAUGCGAAGAGGAGGAUCACAAGAUCGUUGAAGAUUUGCGAGGUAGUUUAUUCGGGCCACUGGAAUUCUCAAGAAGAGACUUAAUGGCACUUAAUAUUCAGAGGGGACGUGAUCACGGAGUACCUGAUUACAACAGCGCUCGUCGUGCGUACGGUCUACCGGAGAUUAAAAAUAUAUCUCAUUUUAACCGCAUAGAUCAAGCGAUUCAAGAUGAAUUUCUCAGACUAUACAAUAACUCGUUCAAUAAUGUGGAUAUCUGGGUAGGUGGAAUAUUAGAAACUGGCGAUGGACCCGGAGAACUAUUUCAAAGUAUUAUCAGUGAUCAAUUUCAACGAAUACGCGACGGUGAUAGGUUUUGGUACCAGAAUUUCAAUAAUAAACUUUUCACUUACGAAGAAGUUCGAAGAUUAGAACAGUUAUCAUUUUAUGAUAUACUGAUGUGUACCACUAAGAUGGACUGGAACGAUAUUCCAAAGAAUCCUUUUAGAGUUCCUGUAGCAGUGGAUGAUAUACAUCCCAAUUGUAUUAAUAAUAAAAUUGUUAAAGAAGGCAACUGCACAACUGGUUCUUGUUUUCAUGCCGAUCAAAUAAAUAAAUAUACAAUCGAAAGUUGCACAGAACCUGGGACUUAUGAUUUUUUUUCCAAUAGCAGUGUAUCCUUCAUUCUUACAUUUUUAGGUGUAUCAAUAUUUUUCUGCGGUAUCAUUACAUUAAUAGUCUUUAAGAUACAAUUUAAGAAUAAAGGACCAAUGCGAGAAAUUGUUAAAAAAAUAGACCAUAGUGAUAAUAUCGACAUUAUACAUACUGCUAGUGAAUGGCAAGAGCCAAAAACUGCACUUAGAUGUGUAAUAUUAAUGCUAAACAUCAGAAAAAAGCAACUGGAAGUGAAAAAUCAAUUGGGACAUUUGAUACGUGCAAUCGACAUUCCAACUAAUAGCAAUGUCAUGAUUUAUUGCGCGUCUGAUAGUCACUAUAUUUUAAUCCGUGUACAUCAUAGUUAUGAUUUAGUAUUGAAGUUUGAUUCCGAUUUUUUGAAAAGCACAUUUAUAAAAGCAUUCGAAAGAUUUAUAUCAGAUAUUGCAACAUCCGGAAAUGUUUGUUCAAUGCAAAUUAUGACUAAUACCACAUAUGCAGCGUUACUCAAGCAAGCAAUAACUAAAAAGCAUCGUCAAAAGAAAUUGGAAAUGUUUUUCCGCGUUGUAUUCGCACAGGCAUUCCAUAUUGCACAUACAGAAGAAGAAAUUCUACAAAUAGAUUCGUCAGUUGCAAGAGAAGUGAUUUAUACCGAGCUAACUAUCAUAGAAUUCGCGGAAGCUCUGAGUAUGAAGCCGGAUGCGGAAUUCGUAAAAAAGAUAUUUAAUUUAGUGGAUAAAGAUAAGAACGGUUUUAUAUCAUUUCGAGAGUUUGUUGACAUGUUGGUGAUAUUUCUAAAGGGCUCUGCAGAAGAAAAAAUGAAGCUAAUGUUUGAUAUGUAUGACAUCAAUGGUAUAGGAAGACUUAAAAGAGAAGAGUUCUCAGCUAUGUUGAGAUCAUUUAUGGAAACUAGCAAUGCCGAUAUAAUGGACGAUGAGUUGGAAGCUCUGGUGCAAUCCAUGAUGUAUCACGCCGAUUUGGCGGACAAGGAAACUAUAAAUUUACAGGAUUUUCAGAAAAUACUAAGCGACUUUAAUGAUAAAUUUAAUUAUGCAGAACUGGAGUUCAAUGUACCUGCGGAUGGAAAAAGCAACAGAAAACUUCACGCAGGUGUGAAAACUGUUAGAUCAACAUUCAUCGGCGAAGUACAAAAGACGGUAGAAAGUCUAUAUGCCGAUCCAAGCGAAUUACAAUAUAGAAUCGAGGGAAAAACGAAAAGUGAACAAAAUGCGAAAGAGAAAAAAAGUAAUAGCGAAAUUAUUGACAAGAACGAGAAAAUUGUCGAAGAACUCAAGAAACAUUCAGACAAUUAUUGGUAUCCUAUAAUGAAAUAUCUCGCUAACAAACGAUUACAAAUAUUCUGGGCGUGUUUAUACACUCUGUUUCUGCUUGGGAUUUUCGCAGAACGAGUAUAUUAUUACUCUAUACAACGAGAACAUUCUGGUUUGAGACGAAUAUUAGGCUAUGGUCUUACUAUAACGAGAGGUGCGGCAUCGGCUAUGAUGUUUGCUUAUUCCACAUUAUUAAUUAUGAUGUGCCAUAACACCAUCACUGUUCUGAGAACUACGGUUUUGCAAUUUUAUAUUCCUUUCGAUUCAGCGAUAGAAAUGCAUAAAUAUAUCGCUUGUUGGGCAUUAGUCUUUACUGUAUUACAUAUAAUUGGACACGGCUUUAAUUUUUAUCAUAUAUCAACGCAAACUGCUGAUGAUCUGACGUGUUUAUUCCGCAAUUAUUUCCACGCAACGCAUGAGCUACCAAAGUUCCAUUAUUGGUGUUGGGGUACAAUAACAGGUGUAACAGGAAUAUUUUUAACUAUUGUAACUGGAUUAAUAUUUGUGUGCUCUUUGUCGAUGGUACGCAAGUCAUUCUAUAAUUGGUUCUCUCUUAUACACUCUUUAUAUCCAGUUUUCUACAUACUGAUGAUCUUACAUGGCAGUGGAAGAUUAGUACAAGAACCAUAUUUUCAUUAUUUCUUCUUGGGACCAGUUAUUUUAUUUAUUCUCGAUAAAGUCGUAACUGUGACUAGAAUAACGAUAGAGAUACCAAUACUCAAAGCAGAAAUUCUGCCAUCAGGUGUAACAUGUAUAAUAUUUCCAAAACCUUUAAAUUUUCAAUAUAAAUCUGGUCAGUGGAUUAGAAUAGCAUGUCCAGCAUUACAGACAAAUGAAUAUCAUCCAUUUACUUUAUCAUCUGCGCCACAUGAAACGACUUUAAGUAUACAUGUACGAGCAGUUGGACCAUGGACUAGGAAUAUUAGAGAGAAAUUAGAAUUGUAUACAAUGUCUAAUAAAACUUUACCAAUGAUUCACAUGGAUGGUCCAUAUGGGGAAGGUCAUCAAGACUGGGAUAAAUAUGAAGUGGCAAUCAUGGUUGGCGGAGGUAUAGGUGUGACACCUUUUGCGUCAAUACUCAAAGACAUUGUUUUUAAAUCAAACUAUAAUUCAUACUUUGGAUGCAAAAAGGUAUAUUUUGUUUGGGUGACAAGAACACAAAAACAAUUUGAAUGGAUGGUCGACAUAUUAAGGGAGCUUGAAAAAGCAGAUAUCAAUAACACAGUAUCAAUUCAUAUUUUUGUUACUCAAUUUUAUCAAAAAUUUGAUCUACGUACGAUACUUUUAUAUAUUUGCGAACGUCAUUUUCAAAAGAUUUCGAACAAAUCUUUAUUUACUGGAUUGAAAGCAGUGACACAUUUCGGACGUCCGAAAUUCUCUCAAUUUUUCCUGUCUAUACAAAAAUUACACCCUACUACAAACAAGAUUGGUGUUUUUAGUUGUGGUACACCAGCUAUGACACAAGCAGUAGCUACAGCUUGUAAAGCGAUUAAUCUAACAGAAAUCAAUGAUACAUUAUUUCAACAUCAUUAUAAAAGUUUUUAAAAGUUUCUUUCUAAAAUAUUUAGUAUAACAUUUUAUUUUUGAUAAAUUUAAUUAUUUCAUAAUAAUCAUAAUUUUAAUAAUUUCUCUUUUUUAUAUUUAUAUUUUCUCUAAUGAGUCAUAUUCUUAUAAGAAAAUUGUAUGGAAAGAUAAAUUCCAUAUUUUGUUAUAUACUUGUAUAAAUGUUAAAAUUACAAAAGAUUAUAAAUAAUUCUGUAAUUCUUAAUUUAAAAAAAAAGUUUUACUGUUGCGUCAUAGUAAAUAUUAAUUAAAUUAAUACUAUUAAUGAUUACAAGUUAUUAAAUUAAUUUACAUAACAUCUUUUAUAAGAGAUCAAAUAUAUAU